AUGUCUAGUACUCUAUAGUCCUGUAUUGCCAUUCCCGUCUCUUCUUCUUCCUCGUGCGCUCGAACAGUUGGCGGCACAGGCGGCGGUACACCCCCACGACCUCGCGGUGCGCUGGAUUCGCAGCCUCGCAUCACGAGCUAGUUCUUUGGGGCCAGAUUCCCCGAUUGCCUGCCAUUGGCCUGGCUUGGUUCUUGUGCCUGUUUGGGAGCUCCGGCGAAUCGUCUGGGUUGGGGACUGGGUCCUCCUCCUCCUCCUCGCCCCCCUCCCGAUGGGGGGCUGGAACCGGUCGCGGCAUGUGAGGUGGCAACGCGACCGCCCGCGACGCCCGCCGCUCCCUCCGCCUGAUUACGGACAGGGGCACUGCUCAGUCCCAUUAUGGGAAAGGGAAUUCUGCAGUUACGUUGGCAACAUUUCUUGGCAAAGGUUCUGUGAAAACAAGCGAUAUAUUUCAGUAUGUAAUAUCCUUGAGCACUGGGAUGAUUCAGGAGCCUUUGAGAAUUUUCAGAAUUCAAAGGCAAGAUUCUGGGCUCACUAUCAUGGCCAACCUUCUGAUAUUUCUUUGCCGGACCCUGAUAUGUACAUUGAUAAGGUCAACCAUCGCUGCAAAGUUGACCCUGAAUUGGUAGCUGACCUGGAUAAGGUACGGGUACCAUUUGAAAUGGAUAAUAAUUCUGGCCUGGCUACUGGAUCCACCAAUGCCAGGGCAGAUAAGAACCAGUGCGGAAACUGGGAUAUCUAUGUAGAAAAACCAUCUGAAGUCAGUAGGUGGGACUGGGAGGCUAAUUCAAAACCCGACUUGAGUUGGGGAGUGAAGAAUGAAUCUUCCAGUAUAUGGGGUAAUGGCAGCUCAGGUUGGGGUGAUGCUCUGGAGAAACCCAAUUGGCGUGGCUCGAGCAACAACCAUUACUCAUCAAGCAAUAGAAAUAACGACUUUUAUGGUGGAUCCAACAAUAGAUACCAGCAGGAGGAUCCAAGUCACACAUCUGGAAGGAAACGGAACAGCGGAGAGUACUUCCAGCAAAGGAACAACAAGCAUACAAGACAGGAUGAGCGUUACCAAAGAAGCAGUUGGCAGGAUCACAGGGGAAGAAAUGAUGAAUGGCGUCCAUGGCACUAGAUGACUUGCAAAAAUGGUUAUUAGGGAAAAAGUGGCUCUUGAUUUUGUGACAAAGUCGUGAAGGCCUUGUUCAGUUCGGUGGGGACUGGAUGGGAUUGAGGCCUUGAGGGGGAUUUUAUCAUCUACAAGUCAAAAUCCCCCUCAACCCCCUUUGAUCCCCUCCAAUUUGCUUGGAUUGCUGAGUAACUCAAAAAGCCUGAAGAAAUUUUGGUGAAAGACCACUAGGUUGUAGCUUUUGUUUUGACAGUUGCUGGGCUGCUGGCAAAGUGGUGCCUGUAAGAGCAUCUUCAAGAGAUCUUCAUAUUUUGUUCCGCAAAACAUGGUGUUUGUCACCUCCUAAAUUAGUAUGAGGAGGAAAAAAGAAGUCAUCUUCAAGAGUUUCCUAUAUUUCUAUCCUAAAAGUUUUUUCUUGGUACUUUUUCCUACGAUCCGGUCUUAUGUUUUGUAUCAAGAACCCUAAAUUUGUUUCUGUACACGUUUAAGCCCUUCCAUUAGACCUUUCUCUUUUAUGUUUUUCUCACUUGGAACCCCUUUUUCUUCUUGCUUACUAGACAGGUCGGGAAACUCCGGAUGCACGCUCAUAGGCCGCGUGCAUAUAUGCGCGUUCGGGAUAAAUUUUUGCAAGGUUGUGAAAGAUGGGGAGAAAAGAUGCUAAACUAUUAAAGAGAAAGUUUUUUCUUAUUUUGCCAAAAAAAUAUGGGUGGGAAAGCCAGAUGGUAAGCCGUUGGAGAUGCUCUAAUGUGUUGUUUUUCUUUUGUUAUUAUUACGGGAGCAUGGCUUGCUUGUUACCAUUUCAGUCCUAAGAAAUGUUCUCCACCUAGUUGUACCUCUCCAUUAACACAAUGGGUUAUUUGGAUUGGUACCACAACAAUUCUCAAAGUAUAGAGAUCUGCCAAUACAAUUUGCAUAUUACGAAAUGUACCAUUAGAAUUCUCUGUUUUCCUUACCAAUGCUGUUUUUUGCGUCUUCUAGCUGCUUGGGUCCACUGCCAGGCGUAUGCGUACUGUAUGUCUUUCCGUAUGAAUGUUUUUGCCCUGUCCAACUAUGAAAAGGGCCUGCGCCGGUGGUUCUAGCUUACACUAUCUUCUUCCUCUCGCUCAUCUCUCUCUUUUUCCCUUCCCGCACAAAUUGGCAAGGAUGUGGAAAUUUUGGCAGAGAGCUCCACCUAGGAACAAGGCUAACAAAAGUGUUGGAAAGAAGCUCCAACAGUCCCUCCCAACAAGAAAAGGAAAGUUCAGAAAAAGAAGAACACCCCAAAGAAGAAGACACACCCAUCAAGAAGAAGCUGAAGAAGGCUUACCCACCUACACCUACUACAGUUGUUAGUAGCAUCAGGAGGCUGGUCUAUGAAGACUAAAGCAUGUGCACAGCUUAGGAUCUGCUUUUGUAAUAAACUGCUUUUGUGAGAUGUGGCUUUGGAACCUAGUAUUUGGAAUGUUGGAACCUUGUAGUUGGUAUGUUGGAGCCUAUUGGUUGUGAACUUAGGAUGUUAAUUUAAGAACGUCUGCAUUGA